AUGUUUCCCAGGUGCUUCGCCUUCCAAAGGCUUUCGCAGCAAUAUCCCAGGUUCUCCCGGUUACCUAGAGUCCAGGACACGGCCUCGCCUCCCACAUGGAGGUAUUUCUCUUCGAGCAUCCCCCGGGCAAAAACCGCCGUGAAACCCCAACCCCAACCACGUAAAGUCGCAAACUCGGAAGAGACCCUCAAGUUCGCCGGGAGACGACCAGAAGGUUUCGGAAAGCUGGAGCGCAAGGUCGCAAGAGAAGGGAACGUCAUUCUAUUCAACGCACCAUCUCAUCGCAGCUACAUCUUCGGAGCCUACAGUCUUGCAGCUUUCUGCUUCGCCUACUCAGUAUACAACUCGAACAUGAUUUUCCGGGACCCAAUUGCCAUUGGUAUCCCCAUUUGGCAACAGACCCUAUUUGGAGGUGUCUGUAUUGCAAUGAGUGUCAUGGGCACGGUGUUCUUGACAAAGACUGGACGUUUGAUCAAGUCGGUCAAUGCCGUCAGCGCGAAUGGCCAGACGCAUAUCCGUUUCACCGUGCGGUCUAUGAUGCCUUUCAAGAAGGCGUAUGAAUUCGAUGCCCUCCCUCGCCAGAUUGCUUUCUCGCGUCGGCUGGUGGUCACUCCGGGAUCUGUGAACCGGACACAGCAGCCCGAAGCCCCGCGAAACACCAAGCCGUCGGAAAUUGAAAUUCUCAAAGCACCGGCGAAGAAGAUCAGCGUUAUGAUCUGGACGAUAUUUGCGAAUGUGCGGAAGCUCUUCACGCAAGAGGGCGUUAUUCUUUUGGAGGUUGAGGGCCAAAAGGGUGUCUUCAGAAUGGACUCUGCUGGUUUCGUGUCGGAGGAUUUCUUGAUGAUUGGGAAUCCGCUCGAUAUCAAACGUCGACCAUGA